AUGCUUAAAAAGAAGACGUUGGCCCCGUCUCUCUUCUUCCGGCAUCAUACUCCGACAGCCACCCCCGAAUUGUCCCCCACCUCCUCAGACAGCGACUCCGAAGAGGAUAUGGAAUCCUCUGGCUCCCGACCGGUCAGCCUGGCCAUUUCGUCGGGGGCCCUCUCCAUGCGCCCGACACUCGACGAGGUCCUGGCUAAUAUCGCUCCGCCGCCAUACACCUUGAGCGCCUUCAUGGCCUAUCUCUCUCAAAACCACUGUCUCGAGACCUUAGAAUUCACCCUGGAGGCCAACCGCUACCGGGAAUCCUAUUUCGCUCUGGUCGACCGACUCGGUCCCGCCGCUUUGGACUCCGAAUGCCCCGAAACACAACAUCUCCGAAUGCUCUGGCAGCGUCUAUUGACCGCAUACAUCUUCCCCGGGUCGCCUCGCGAGAUCAACUUGUCGAGCGAAGUCCGAGAUGCGCUGCUCCAGUACACGGACGUGAGCGUGCCGCCCCCGCCCGAGACGUUAGAUUCUGCUGUCAAACGCAUACACGAAUUGAUGGAGGAAUCGAUCUUCUUUCCCUUCGUCAAUAGCCACACCACCUCUCCUUCUAUGGCUCCCUGCACCGAACCCUUCAUGGACCCUGUCGACCUCAUGAAUCUGUCAUCGACCAGCUUGGACGAGAAUCCCAUAAAAAAGGUCCGGUCGCGCGUGUCGAAACGCAUUUCCCCGCAGUCGUCAACAAAGGACCUUCCCGCCACGGGUCAUUGCCGCUCCACCAUGUCGCUUGGCACCGUGCAUGCCCUUGGCAAACGGUCUUCCGGUGCCCUCCUCAGCCCCAGCGGCGAGUCGGCAUCUUGCUCUCUGACCGAUGACUCUGGCUCCAGUCCUACCGCGGAGGAGCCAAUGACACCGCCCACCACUCCGCCUGCCAGUGAGCCGCAUCUGCCUAUUCAAAGCCCGAGGCUCCGCACCGAGAACCCGUGGAAGAAGAUGGGCAUGAAGCUUGGCUUUAAGAAGCGGUCUACUGGUGGCAGCAAUGGCAGCAAUGGUGGCCCUCGCGAUCCCAAGGUUCUUGGUAUGGACGACUAA